AUGGUGAAGCUAUGUAGUACUUGCAACAAGGAGCGCGCGGCGCUGCGUCGGCCCAAGACAAGCUGCUUCUACCAGGCGCUAGAGGAUGAGGUGCACCGCACCAUCGUGUCCAGCCGCCUCUUCACGCGCGGCGAGCGCGUCGCGGUGGCCGCGUCUGGCGGGAAGGACUCGACCGUGCUGGCGCACAUGCUGACGCUGCUCAACGCGCGACACGACUACGGCCUGGACCUGUUCCUGCUAUCCAUUGAUGAGGGCAUCUCGGGCUACCGCGACGACAGCCUGGAGACUGUCAAGCGCAACGAGGCCACCUACGGCAUCCCCCUCAAGGUUCUGUCCUAUGAGGAGCUGUACGGCUGGUCCAUGGACGCCAUCGUCCGCCAGAUCGGCACCAAGAACAACUGCACCUUCUGCGGAGUGUUCAGGCGCCAGGCGCUGGACCGUGGCGCUGCGCUGAUGAAGGCCGACAAGAUCGCCACCGGCCACAACGCCGAUGACGUGGCGGAGACGGUGCUGCUCAACAUACUGCGCGGCGACGUCCCCAGGCUGGCGGCUCAGCGGCUCACGCACGAGACUGCAUGGGUUGAGGGGUCGCCCUGGCAGUCAACGCACACCCUGAUCUGCUCCCACGCCCCACCUCUCCCCACCUAA